AUGGGGGAACAAGGAGGCUCGGCUGUCUUCAGCACCUGCGCGUUCACCUUGGUUCCCAGUCGCGACUUGACCGAGACUGUCAUUGAAGAGUUAUCCCAGAGCAUCAUCCGAUAUGGCGGCCAGGUCCACCCCCAAAAGCGCGACGGCUCGCUGCCUCUUGCCCAGGUCACCCACAUCAUAUCGAACACGAUCGACUUCCCCCAGUUUACCGAAGCGACGAGCAUGAUGAUCCCAGUCGUCAAGUCCAAGUGGAUCUCGGCGUCACUCGCCAAGGGCAAGCAGGCCCAGAUACGCCCCUUCACGCCCGACCCGCGCAUGAUCUUCUCCGAUGUGGUGCUAUCCUGCGCCGACAUUCCCGACAGGGACAAAGACGCCAUUAUUGGUGCUACCAUGGCAAUGGGUGGCAUGGACUCGGAAAACGUCACCAAGCUCACCACCCACAUCUGCGCGCUCAGCAUGAACCACAAGAAGGUGUUGACGGUCCAGGAGAGGAAGCACAAGUGCAAGAUUGUCCUCCCGCACUGGUUCGACGACUGCUUCAAGCUGGGAAAGAGAAUCGACGAAGGCCCAUAUCUUCUCCCUGACCCCGAAAUACUCCGUGUUCGACCCGAAGACCACAUCGAGCCACCCUCGAGUUCCCACCUCGAGGGUGCGACAUCGGCUCGACCCGACUAUCUCCCAACCCCAACCGACUCCACGGCGGGAGAUCGUCCAAUCCCGACCGUCUUCAACGGAAAGAAGGUCAUGCUGUCCGCGGACUUGUCGAUUAGGGAUCGACUGAGGAAGAUCCUUCUCGACCUCUUCAGUUCAGGUGGCGGCGAAUUAACCGACGACGCGGAGGAAUGCGACUGGUUCAUUUGUCACUAUCGUGAGGGACCGCAAUACAUCCACGCUUCACAAAACGGAAAGACGGUUGCAAAUCUGUCUUGGCUUUACCAUCUCAUCACCACCAAUGAGUGGACCUCGCCACUGCGACGCCUGCUGCACUACCCCAUUCCACGCGGCGGCAUUCCCGGCUUUCAAGACAAGGUGAUCACAGUAUCGAACUAUGGAGGAGAGGCCAGAAUAUACUUGGAGAACCUAAUCACGGCCGCCGGUGCCACUUACACCAAGACCAUGAAGGCCGACAACACCCAUCUCAUCACUGCUCGAGAUAACAGUGAGAAGUGCGAUGCCGCCCGGGACUGGAACAUCGACAUGGCAAACCAUCUUUGGGUCGAGGAGAGCUAUGCUAAGUGCGAGAUGCAAAGCAUCUCGGUGUCCAAGUACACCCAUUUCCCUCCUCGGACGAAUCUUGGCGAGGUUAUUGGCCAGACAUUCUUGGAUGAGUCAAGACUGCGGGAAAUUUACUAUCCUGGCGCUCCAGUGAAGGCCACUGCGGCAGCCAAGAGGAAGCGAAAGAUCAUGGACUUGGCAGACGAGAGUACCAUCGCGGACGGUCCGGCCGAAGGUGUCACCAUUGGGCGGCAAGCUAAUAAGGAUUUCGAUGUCAUGAAAGACACUGAGGCAGAGUAUACCGAGAAAACUACCGAGGUCUUCGGAGUUCCGGCGCCGUCGAAACGUCGCGCAACCGAGUUCGCCACUCCUGCCCGCCCCCGCUACGUCCGCGCCGGCAAGGAAAACGACACGCCGUCUACCACAUCGUCCGUUAGCCGAAGCGCAAAGGACAAGGCUUUGAGCCGGCUAUCUGACAUCGCGCCUGAUGUUGCCCUGUACGAGAAGGAGAAGAAGCGAGGACUCAAAGACGGCCAUGGUCCCUGGGGAGGGAAGCGAGCAGCUGAUCUCAUCGAGCGCGAACACCUGAAUCGCCGCAGCGUCUCGAGUCUGACCACGGCAGAGGAAAACGACGCAGAGUCCAAGGUUGAGAAGCGCCCUGCCAAGAAAGCGAGGCCGACACUUCCGGAUGUUGAGAUGCGGGUUAUCCUCACUGGCUUCAAGCGUUGGGUGGACGACAAGUCCAAGGAAGACGGCGAUCGGAAAAAACUGCGAGAUAUGGGUAUUAUGGUGGUCCAAGAUGGCCAGGCCUGCGAUUAUCUCAUUGCUCCCCAGCUGGUGCGAACCGUCAAGUUUCUCCGCAAUCUGUCCAAGGGCGCCACGGUCCUGUCCUCCAACUGGAUCGAGGAAUGCCUGGACACCAAGCAGGUUCCAGAUCCGGCCAAGUACAUUCUGAAGGACAAGGAGAACGAGAAGAGGUUCGGCCUCAAGCUUGAGACUUCUAUCAAAAGGGCUCAACGCAACAAGGGCAAGCUCCUCUGGAAUACCCCCAUCUACUGCACCUCCAGCAUUAAGAACGGCACGGAAAGCUACAAGGCGAUAGCCGAGGCCAACGGCGCCAUCUUCAUGGUAUACGCGGCCCGAAGUGGCACCACGAUCAAACCGACGCAGCCCGAUGAAGACGAAGGCGCACCCGAGCCCGUGUACCUGUUGACUACAGCAACUCCCGAGGAGAAGAGACUGUGGAAGAAGUUUGAGGACAUGGCGCGCAAGGGCAACAUGGAGCCGCGCGUCGUCGCUUCGGACUGGUUGCUGGAUGUGGUGAUGCACCAGGAAGUCAGCUUCGACAGCAAGUACCUGGCGAAGGAUUUCUUCAGCUAG